AUGGGGAACAGCCGGAGCGGGGCCCUGUCCCGGGAGAUCCUGGAGGAGCUGCAGCUCAGCACCGAGUACGGCGAGGAGGAGCUGUGCGGCUGGUACCAGGCCUUCGUGCGCGAGUGUCCAAGCGGCCGCGUGUCCCGCCGGGACUUCGAGAGCAUCUACGGCAAGUUCUUCCCCGACGCCGACCCCUCGGCCUACGCCCAGCACGUCUUCCGCAGCUUCGACACCAACAGCGACGGCAGCCUGGACUUCAAGGAGUACGUGGUCGCCCUCCACAUGACCACGGCCGGCGGGGCCGACCGCAAGCUGGCCUGGGCCUUCUCGCUGUACGACGUGGACGGGAAUGGCACCAUCAGCAAGAAUGAAGUCCUAGAGAUCGUCCAGGCCAUCUUCAAAAUGAUCAGCGCAGACGACCAGAAGCAUCUCUCCCAAGACGAGGACACUCCGGAGAAGAGGACGGAGAAGAUAUGGAUGAGCUUUGGCAAGACGGAGAAUGACAAACUGACGGAGGAGGAGUUCAUUCACGGGAUCCUGUCCAAUCAAGAAAUCUUGCGGAUGAUCCAGUUCGAGCCCCGGAAAGCCAAGGAGAGGGGCCAGGAGAAGAAGCCCUGA